CAGACGGACACCGGAGUUUCCUUUCGUACUGGAUGGAGCUGAACUUUGGGCGGCCAGAGCAGCGCGGCCGUCCAGGGAUCGCUGCAUGCUGAGUUCCCUCGGCCAGACCCAGCAGCGGCUCGGGGUUUUUUUGGGGGGUGGGGACCAACUGCGCGCCGGCACCAUGUUCCUAGCGACUCUCUACUUCGCGCUGCCUCUUCUGGACGUGCUCCUGUCGGCGGAGGUGAGUGGCGGGGACCGCCUGGACUGCGUGAAAGCCAGCGACCAGUGCCUGAAGGAGCAGAGCUGCAGCACCAAGUACCGCACGCUGAGGCAGUGCGUGGCGGGCAAGGAGACCAACUUCAGCCUGACGUCCGGCCUGGAGGCCAAGGACGAGUGCCGCAGCGCCAUGGAGGCCCUCAAACAGAAGUCACUCUACAACUGCCGCUGCAAGCGGGGUAUGAAGAAGGAGAAGAACUGCCUGCGCAUCUACUGGAGCAUGUACCAGAGCCUGCAGGGAAAUGAUCUGCUUGAAGAUUCCCCAUAUGAACCAGUUAACAGCAGAUUGUCUGAUAUAUUCCGGGUGGUCCCCUUCAUACCAGUGGAGCACAUUUCCAAAGGAAACAACUGCCUGGACGCCGCCAAGGCCUGCAACCUCGACGACACCUGCAAGAAGUACAGGUCUGCCUACAUCACCCCGUGUACCACCAGCGUGUCCAACGAAGUCUGCAACCGGCGCAAGUGCCACAAGGCCCUGCGGCAGUUCUUCGACAAGGUGCCGGCCAAGCACAGCUACGGGAUGCUCUUCUGCUCCUGCAGGGACAUCGCCUGCACCGAGCGGCGGCGGCAGACCAUCGUGCCCGUGUGCUCCUACGAGGAGAGGGAGAAGCCCAACUGUCUCAGUUUGCAGGACUCCUGCAAGACAAACUACAUCUGCAGAUCUCGCCUCGCUGAUUUUUUUACCAACUGCCAGCCGGAGUCCAGGGCUGUCGGCAGCUGUCUGAAGGAGAACUAUGCGGACUGCCUCCUCGCCUACUCGGGGCUUAUUGGCACAGUCAUGACCCCCAACUAUAUCGACUCCAGCAGCCUCAGCGUGGCCCCCUGGUGUGAUUGUAGCAACAGUGGGAAUGACCUGGAGGAGUGCUCGAAGUUUCUCAAUUUCUUCAAGGACAAUACGUGUCUUAAAAAUGCGAUUCAAGCUUUUGGCAAUGGCUCCGAUGUCAGUGUGUGGCAGCCAGCCCUCCCCGUUCAGACCACCACUGCCACCACCACCGCAGCCUUCCGGGUCAAGAACCAACCCCUGGGGCCAGCAGGGUCCGAGAAUGAAAUCCCCACUCACGUUUUACCACCUUGUGCGAACUUGCAGGCACAGAAGCUGAAAUCCAACGUGUCGGGCAGUACACACCUCUGUCUUUCUGAUCGUGAUUAUGAAAAGGAUGGGCUUGCUGGUGCCUCCAGCCACAUAACCACAAAAUCAAUGGCUGCUCCUCCAAGCUGUGGUCUGAGCCCACGGCUCCUGCUGGUGGUAACCGCCCUGCCCACCCUCUUAUCUUUGUCUUUGGCAGAAACAUUGUAGCUGCAUUUCAAACACAAUAU